GUGUUAGAGUGGGGAGGAGCUGUAGCCUUGCAGUCAGAGGAGCUAGCUGCUUGGAAUAGCUGUGCUGCCAUGUGAUUCCUCAUGGUUCUAUUUUAGAACAGCACUGGUCUCUACACCACCAGCACUCCCACUGGAGGAGUUAACAGAUAUACCUACUAAUCAAUCUACUAUGCUCUCUGUCCGUCUCUCUUCCUUUCUCUCUCUCUCUCUCUCUUUCUCUCUCUCUCUCUCUCUCUCUCUCUCUCUCUCUCUCCGUCCUCUCUUUCAAGUAUAACUCCUGGCGGUUGGUUGUGACAUGGCCCUGGAGAAACUGCUAGGCUUUGGGAAGCAGCUGUUGCGUGUCAAGGUUGUGGACUGUAACAGUGAAGAUUCCCGUCUGUCCCGAUGUCUCAACACCUUCGACCUGGUGGCUUUGGGGGUGGGCAGUACUCUGGGAGCUGGGGUCUACGUCCUGGCUGGGGCCGUGGCCAGAGAGAAUGCAGGUCCUGCCAUUGUCCUAUCCUUCUUCAUCGCAGCGCUGGCCUCUGUGAUGGCUGGUCUGUGUUAUGCUGAGUUUGGGGCCCGCGUCCCCAAGACGGGCUCAGCCUACUUGUACAGCUACGUCACAGUGGGAGAACUCUGGGCCUUCAUCACGGGAUGGAACCUCAUCCUCUCUUACGUUAUCGGUACCUCCAGUGUAGCACGGGCAUGGAGCGCUACGUUUGAUGAGUUGACAGGGAAACAUAUAGAGGCGUUCUGCAGACAGUACAUGACCAUGAAAGCACCUGGGAUACUGGCAGAGUACCCUGACAUGUUCGCUGUGCUCAUCAUCAUCACCCUCACAGGUCUGUUGUCGUUUGGAGUGAAGGAGUCAGCUGUUGUCAACAAGGUGUUUACGUGCAUCAACGUCCUGGUGUUGUUAUUCAUGGUGGUCUCUGGACUGGUCAAAGGAACCCUGAAGAACUGGCACCUGGACCCUGAUGUCAUCUUACACAACAACUCCAGCCAAAACAUGACAGAGCACUUGCUGUCGGCGGAGAGUCUAGGAGUGGGCGGGUUCAUGCCAUUUGGCUUCACCGGUGUCCUAUCAGGCGCUGCCACCUGUUUCUACGCCUUCGUGGGAUUCGACUGUAUCGCCACGACAGGUGAGGAGGUGAAGAACCCUCAGAAGGCCAUUCCCAUAGGCAUCGUGUCGUCUCUCCUCAUCUGCUUCGUGGCCUACUUCGGAGUGUCUGCUGCUCUCACCAUGAUGAUGCCCUACUACCUCCUAGACAACAACAGUCCUCUGCCCGCAGCCUUUAAAUAUGUAGGCUGGGAGGGAGCCACUUACGCUGUGGCUGUAGGGUCACUGUGUGCUCUGUCCACCAGUCUCCUGGGCUCGAUGUUCCCUCUCCCUCGUAUAAUAUUUGCCAUGUCUCGCGACGGCCUCCUCUUCUCCUUCUUGGCCCGCAUCAGUGAGAGGAAGACACCCAUCAUGUCCACAAUGGCUGCUGGAGUCAUGUCUGCUAUCAUGGCCUUUCUGUUUGACCUGAAGGACCUGGUAGAUCUGAUGUCUAUUGGUACUCUACUGGCCUACACCCUGGUGGCAGCCUGCGUUCUGGUACUCAGGUACCAACCAGAGCAUCCCAGCUCCUUGGCCUAUCAGAUGGCCAGUACCGUGGAGGAGAUGGAGCUAAGUGAUGGUAUCUCCGCCCCCAGUAUGGGCAUCCUGCCUGGUGUGAAGGAGCACUUCAGCCUGAAGACUGUCCUGUUCCCUGACAACACUGAACCCUCAGCCCUGUCCGGCUUCACUGUCAACAUCACUGUCAGCCUCAUGGGCCUACUGAUACUGGUGUUCAGUAUACUAGCAGUACAGGGUGGAUUUGCAGUGUGGAACAUCGUAGCUCUGACCGUCAUCUUCAUGGUGUGUGUUCUCCUCACCUUUAUAAUCUGGAGACAACCAGAGAGCAAGACCAAGCUGUCCUUUAAGGUGCCCCUGUUGCCGUUCAUCCCAGUGGUCAGCAUGUUUGUCAACGUCUACCUGAUGAUGCAACUGGACAGAGGCACGUGGAUGCGCUUCGCUGUCUGGAUGGCUAUAGGGUUUGUGAUCUACUUUGGCUACGGGAUCCACCACAGUGCUGAGGCGGCUCUGGACCGCUCCUCUCCUGGGUCUGAUGUAGAGCUGAACGGCUACAUAGCCAGCCACUCACACAACAUGGAGCCCAUGUCUCCUGAGAAAGAGGUGUUUCUACAUAAUGGUCUGGAGGCCCGGGGAGAGGAGGACCGAGACCUGUAGAGUGCUAGGACCCAGCUGACAACUGCCACAGCCUGCCCUGACCACCCUACAUACCACACCUUAUCACGCCCCUUUGGAACUUUUGUCUGUCUGGAACCUUUUUCAAACAGGAUAGAACCCUCUUGGAAUGAACCGUCUCAUUUUGGGAUGUGCCGUUUUUGAACAGAGUCCUGGAUUUAGACUUUGGUCUAACAUCUCACAGCACAUGUAGCUUCUCGCAGGUGUUUCUGGGGGAAAUACAAUUCUAAUGCAGAAAAUAAAAAGGAGUAGAGAAAAAGAAGGAAGAGAGGAUAGACUGCUGUUUGCUCCUUAGGGCGUAUUGUGAGCUCACAGGGGGUUUCCUACUACAGACAGGAGAACCAUAUCAACCCGGAGAAACUGAGCAGACAUCUUGGAUCUUGUUCUCCUCCAUUUUAGGGAGAGUGUGGGUUGAUGUGGUGGGAGUGGGGUAGUGGUGGGAGUGGGGUAAUGUUGCUGUUGAGGACUGGGUUUGAUUGGACCCACUGGUUGAAUCAACGUUGUUUCCAAAUCAUUUCAAUUAAGUUACGUUGAACUAACGCUGAAUAGACGUUGAAUUGACGUCUGUGUGCAGUGAGGAUACUCAACUAGCUGACACACGGUUCUCUCACAGCUCAGGAAGGACUAUCUGUUGGUUAACAUCCUAAUGGAUUAGUUAGGGUUAAGGUUGUGCAUUAGGGUUGUGAAUUAAGGCUGUCACUCCAGAGAUGUCAGAAAACAUCACCGGGUCACUCAGGUGACUUUUGUAACUGCUAGCCAUGGAAACUCUGUCGGGUAAGAUAAUCAUACUGUUUGAUGAGGCAAAUCUAUACUCUCAACAUUUUCAGAUGAUUGUCAACCUGUCUAGAAGGGUAAAGACCAGACAUGGUGUUAAAUAAUUCAUAACUAGUAUAAUAAUAAUAAUAAUUAAUAACUAACUGCUACUAUACUCUACCUUUAGAAAAACCAUGGAUGAGCUAUAUAUGUGUGUUUCCUCUGAAACAGUGUAUUUUCUAGUCUCAACUGUUACAACCUCCCCUAGCAGGAUAUAGGCUACCUUGUUGUAAAUGUCCAUUAUCUCCUUGUGAUGUAGUGGCCGUGGCUCACCACUAGAGGUCACUGUGUAUCACACAACGUCAGUAGACCUUUCACAUCAAAUGAAAUAAAAUUGUGUUCAACACCUGCGCCAAACACAUAAGGCGUAGACUUUACCGUGAAAUUAUUACUUACAAGCCCUUAACCGCAGUUCAAGAGUUCAGGAAAUAUUUACUAAAUAUACUAACGUGAAAAAAUUCAAUAUCAAAAAGUAACACAAGAAAAUGACAAAACAUUAAUGAGGCUAUAUACAGGUGAUACUGAGUCAAUUUCGGGGGGGGGGGGGGGGGGGGUACCGGUACUGAGUCAAUGUGCAGAGGGCACAGGUUUCUCAAAGUAAUUUGUAAAGUGGCUAUGCAUAUAUAGGUAACAGCGAAUAAAACAGCAGUGUAAAAACAGAGAGGGUGUCAAUGUAAAUAGUCUGGUUGGCAAUUUGAUACAUUUUUCAGCAGUCUUAUGGCUUGGGGGUAGAAGCUGUUAAUUAAGGAGCCUUUUGGUCAAAGUCUUGGCGCUUCGGUACCGCUUGCAGUGUGGUAGCAGAGAGAAAAGUCUAUGAUUUGGGUGAAUGGCGUCUUCUACAAUGUUUGGAGCCUUCUUCUGACAACCCCUAGUAUAGGUCCUGGAUGUCAGGAAGCUUUCGAGAGGCGCAGCGGUCUAAGGCACUGCAUCACAGAGACGUCACUACAGACCCUGGUUCAAUUCCAGGCUGUAUCACAACCGGUCGUGAUUGGCAGUCCCAUAGGGUUGCGCACAAUUGGCCCAGCGUCAUCCGGGUUAGGGUUUGGCUACCAGUCAACCAGUGCUCUCGAUGGUGCGGCUGUAUAACUUUUUGAGGAUCUGGGGACCCAUUCAGUCUCCUGAGUAAAUAUGGUCACCAAGGAACUUGAAACUCUCUACCUCUCAUCCACUUCAGCUCAGUCGAUGUUAAUGGAGGCCUGUUCAGCCCUACUUUUCCUAUAGUCCACGAUCAGAUCCUUUAUCUUUCUCACAUUGAGGGAGAGGUUGUUGUCCUGGCACCACACUGCCAGCUCUCUGACCUCCUCCCUAUAGGCUGUCUCAAUAUCGUCGGUGAUCAGGUAUUUGUCAUCACCACCUUUGUUGCAAACUGAGUAAUGAUGUUGGUUGUGGUGAACAUAAAAGAGCAUAAAAGAGCAUUAAAGGCAUUUAGCUCCUCUGGUAGGCUCGCGUCUGGCCCCGCGGCCUCGAGUCUUCUUGGGUAUGACGCUACAAGCUCGGCACACCUGUAUUUGGGUUGUUUCUCCCAUUCUUGUCUGCAGAUCCUCUCAAGCUCUGUCAGGUUGGAUGGGGAGCAUCGCUGCACAGCUAUUUUCAGAUCUCUCCAUAUAUGUUAGAGUGGGUUCAAGUCCGGGCUCUGGCCGGGCCACCCAAGGAUAUUCAGAGACUUGUCCCGAAGCCACUCCUGCUUUGUCUUGGCUGUGUGCUUAGGGUUGUUGUCCUGUUGGAAGGUGAACCUUCAUCCCAGUCCGAGGUCCUGAGCACUCUGGAGCAGGUUUCAUCAAGUAUCUCUUUGUACUUUGCUCAGUUCAUCUUUCCCUUGAUCCUGACUAGUCUCCCAGACCCUGUCACUGAAAAACAUCCCCUGAGCAUGAUGUUGCCACGACCAUGCUUCACCAUAGGGAUGGUGCCAGAUUUCAUCCAGACGUGACACUUGGCAUUCAGGCCAAAGAGUUCAACCUGGGUUUCAUCAAACCAGAUCAGACUCUCAUGGUCUGAGAGUCUUUAGGUGCCUUUUGAAAGCAAGCUGAAAGAAAGCUGUCAUGUGCCUUUUACGUAACAAAAUGUGGAAAAAGUCAAGGGCCCUGAAUACUUUGCGAAAGUUUGUGGAUACGCCUUCAAAUGAGUGGAUUCAGCUAUUUCAGGCAUACCCAUUGCUGAGAGGUGUUUAAAAUUGAGCACACAGCCAUGCAAUGUCCUUAGACAAACAAUAUCAGUACAAUGGCUUUACUGAAGAGCUCACUGGCCUUCAAUGUGUCACUGUCAUAGGAUGCCACCUAUCCAAUAAGUCAGUUCAUCAAAUUUCCUCCCUGGCAGAGCUGCCCCGGUCAACUGUAAGUGCUGUUAUGUGGAAAUGUCUAAGAAAUGUCUAAGAGCAACAACUUCUCAGCCAGUAAAAUAGUCUUAGUUGCAACAAUCACUACCGAGUUCCAAACUGCCUGUGGAAGCAACGUCAGCACAAUAACUGUUUAUGGGGAGCUUCAUGAAAUGGGUUUCCAUGGCCGAGCAGCCGCACACAAGCCUUAGAUCACCAUGAGCAAUACCAAGUGUCAGCUGCAGUGGUGUAAAGCUCGCCGCCAUUGGACUCUGGAGCAGUGGAAAAGUGUUCUCUGAAAUGACGGAUCACGCUGUCCGCAGACGAAUCUGGGUUUGGUGGAUGCCAUGAGAUUGAUACCUGCCUGAAAGCAUAGUGCCAACUGUAAAGUUUGGUGAAGGAGGAAUAAUGGUCUGGGGUUGUUUUUCAUGGUUCGGGCUAGGCCCUUUUGUUCCAGUGAAGGGAAAUCUUAACGAUGCAGCAUUGAAUGACAUUCUAGAUGAUUCUGUGCUUCCAACUUUGUGGCAACAGUUUGGGGAAGGCCCUUUCCUGUUUCAGCACGACAAUGCCCCCGUGCGAGGUCCAUGCAGAUGGAUGCUGCACAACGUGAGAUCCAGUUAGAGCCAACUCCAAGUCAAUGGCCGUGAUUUUGGAAGUUCGACAGACAGAUGUCCACAUACUUAAAUCAAUCUGUUAUUCAUUUAGAUGUAGGGAAUGGAUAAAUGUUUUUAAAUACUAUGUUUUCUAGAGGCGAGAAUAUGAAUUAGCAGAGAUACUUUAUGUAUACCUGUUGUAAUGUGCUCAAUGCAUUUUCUACAUGUAACAUAUUGUAUAUAUUUCUUGCAGUAAAUUAUUUGUAAAUUACCAAAAAUGUGCUUUUAAAUGUUUUUUUGCCAAAGUGCAUGGGUUUGUGUGUCUGAUCCUGCUACACUGAGUGUUUUAAAUGUUUUUUUUGCCAAAGUGCAUGGGUUUGUGUGUCCGAUCCUGAAACACUGAAUGUUUUAAAUGUUUUUUCACAUAGUCUAUGGGUUUAUGUGUCUGAAUGUUUUGGGCGUAGAGCGAAUGUAUUUGACAUACCAUAAAACUUCAAUUAAACGCUGUCUCAGAAAGCUGACUGUCCCUUUUAAUAGCCGGGCAAAGACACACAUUUCAGCAAAUAAACACCUGUUUCAAAUAAAUUAAUUGUUUACGAGG